AUGGGCUCAAGCGAGAAGUCUGUCAGCGCCAAGCCGCCAUCCAUCCAGCCCGUCAAAGUCGAGAGCGGAAUGGACAGCGGCCGCGAUGGCGCAGCUGCCAAGCUGGAAGAGAUGGGGUACAAGCAGGAGCUGCAACGUAACCUCGGAAUGGUUUCCAUCUUGGGUCUCAGUUUUGCGAUCAUGGCCGUGCCGUUCGGAACAUCGACUACACUCUCGGUUGCCUUGACGAAUGGCGGGCCUGCUACUAUAUUAUGGGGCUGGGUCUUUGUAUCAUUAAUCUCGAUGUGUAUGGCAGGAAGUCUUGCAGAGAUCUGUUCCGUGUAUCCCACAUCAGGCGGUGUAUAUUACUGGGCCGCGAUGCUGUCAAAACCUAAAUACAGUGCUUUCUCAAGUUAUCUUACCGGUUGGUUGGGCACUGUCGGAAAUUGGACUGUCACCGCCUCCAUCACCUUUGGCGGCUCCCAACUGAUAUUGGCUGCUGCUACCCUGUAUCACGAAGAUUAUGUGCCUACCGCAUGGCAAACAUGUCUGGUGUACUGGGGUGCUCUUCUCUUCUCCCUGUUGAUCAACAUAUUCUUCUACAAGCACCUCGAUAAAUUGAACACUGUUUGUUUGUGGUGGACAGGAGCUUCAAUCAUUGUCACCCUCCUCGCCAUGGCCGACACCCGCCACUCUGGCAAGUACGCCUUUACCGAAUACGACCCCUCACCCUCUGGCUGGCCCGCGGGAUGGUCAUGGUUCGUCGGGCUUCUUCAGUGCGCCUAUACCUUGACGGGGUACGGCAUGGUUGCUUCUCUUUGCGAGGAAGUGGUCGAGCCUGGACGUGAGGUGCCCAAGGCCAUGGUAUUGUCUGUCGCUGCCGCCGCUGUCACUGGUCUUGUCUACCUUCUUCCCAUCAACUUCGUGCUUCCCGCCAUCGAGCCCCUGCUCAACGUCGCUAGCGGUCAGCCCAUGCCUUUGCUGUAUAAAGAAGUCACUGGCAGCGCCGGUGCCGCCCUCGGUCUUCUCUUCCUCAUUCUCGGUAUCUGGGUUUUCGCCGCCAUCGGAUCCCUCACUGCUGCUUCCCGAUGCACAUGGGCCUUCUCCCGAGACGGCGGUAUCCCCGCCAGCGGCUGGUGGAAAAAGGUCAACGAGCGAUUCGGUCUCCCGAUCAACUCUUUGAUCCUUUCCACCGUCGUCUGUGCCCUUUUGGGGUUGAUCUACCUCGGAAGCAGCGCCGCUUUCAAUGCGUUUACCGGUGUGGCCACCAUCUGUUUGGGAUUGUCUUAUGCCUUCCCUGUGCUUUGCUCGCUCUUGCGGGGAAGAAAGUCGGUGCGAAACGCCCCCUUUUCUCUUGGAAAGUUUGGCUUUGCCAUCAACAUCAUCACUGUCGUUUGGAUCGCCUUCUCCAUCAUUCUCUUCUGCAUGCCCACCGCCAUUCCCGUCACACCGACAUCAAUGAACUAUGCGAGUGUAGUGUUCGUCGGCUUUGCCGCUAUCGCUGGUUUGUGGUACGCCAUCAACGCCCGGAAACAUUACCGCGGUCCCACCCUGUCGACUGUUCAACAUCACGGCGAGACCGAGAUUGUCGAAGAGUAUUAG